CAGCGACAUAAGGCGUUUUGAAUACCAAUGCAGAAACAGAUGCGCUCAUAAAAUUUGUGACGAGUUCGACUGUCGACUGAACGUUUGCCAUAACUCCGAUGGAGAGCACAUUGGACAUUUGGGAAAGGCCACAGCUGGAGUUCCGCCGACUGGAUGGCGAUGUGGGCCGGCGGCUGGACGCGCUGUUCGGCGUUCCAGACUGCCUGCUGGAGGUGAACCCGGGCCGCGUGCUGCUGCCUCCAGAGUUCAAAGAGCUGGCCGACCGCAUCCUCGACCUCACCGUCUACCCGGACGACGUCUGGCUAGUCUCCUACCCACGCACAGGUAGCACAUGGGCACAAGAGAUGGUGUGGUGCAUUGCCAAUGAUCUGGAUUUCAAGAAGGCUAAAGAAACAAUGCAGCAGUUGAGGACACCAUUGCUUGAGCUUUCAGCAAUUAUGGUAGAUGAUAAUAAGGAAUGGAUGAAAGAACUUGGAAAUUCUGUUGAUUUGGUUGAAAAAAUGCCAAGGCCUCGCUUCAUUAAAAGCCAUUUACCUCUGGAGUUGUUACCUACACAAAUUAAUGUUGUGAAACCCAAGAUAGUAUAUGUGGCAAGAAAUCCAAAGGAUAUGUGUGUGUCUUACUACCACUACUGCAUGUUGAUUCACAACCUAAAGGGCACAGUUGAAGACUUCUGUGACUUGUUUCUCAAGGACCGUGCUCCUGUUGGCCCUGUAUGGAAUCACAUACUUGGAUUUUGGAAGAAAAGACAUGAACCAAACAUAUUAUUUCUCAAGUAUGAAGAUAUGAAAAGGGAUCAAAAAGGAGCUAUUCGUAAAGCAGCAGCUUUCUUGGGUAAGACUCUCGCGGAAGAACAGGUAAACCAGCUGGCUGAAUACCUCAGCUUUGGUAAUAUGAAGAAAAAUCCAGCAGUAAACCUUGAGCCAAUUAUUGCAAGGAAAAAUGGUCCCGAAUUUCUUAAUAAGAGUGACCUCCGAUUCAUUCGGAAGGGUGAAAUUGGAGACUGGAAAAACCAUAUGAGUGAAGAAAUGGCUGCUCGUUUUGAUGCUUGGACUGAAGAAAACAUCAGGGGAACAGGUCUUACUUUUGACUGAAAAAGCAUAGUGCCCAUUCUCCCUGAAAACUAAAUACUGAAAAUGAUUUCCAUCAUUUCAUGUUACAAACAGCUACUGCUCAACAACUGAAUCAGUGCACUUCAAAUGUUGCCCUAUACAAAGCAAAGUACAGCGGUAGUGUGGACUCUGUGAUGCAAAUUUUGUUGGAAUGUGGAUCCUACUGUGCUGAGUUUUGUGCCAGUUUAAGAAAAUUCUGCCAUACAGAAUGUUAUUUGGCACUGCCCGCCCCCGCAUCCCCCCCCCCUCCCCCCCCUCCCACCUGCUCUCCUCUCCUCCUGUUCAUCACAUACUUUCACCUGUGUCUGUUUUCAUAACUAAUUAUGAUACAAUUGUAUGCCUAUUUUGUAAUUGUACACCUCUACCCCCCUCCCCCUUUCCAUAUCAGCUUGACACCUCAAGUACCUGCUUGUGUUGCUUAGGCCUUAAAUCAGCCUUGGCUGAGCUAGAUUAACUAUAGUAGUUUUUACUUUAGAAAGGAUAAAAAAUUGUGCAAAUGUAUCUUUUAUUCACAAUUUAUUUACAGAAUGUACAAAAAGUUACAUUAUAAAAAAGGUUACUGGAACUGAAGUAUUAGUUUUAAAUGCAAAAACAAUAAAAUACAUUCAAAAUGAAGAAAAUUGAAAGAAGUCAGAAUUUAAGACCUUAUUGUUACAUGAGGUUAAUGUGAGAAAAAUACAGUUAUUACUCUUGUCAAAUUCAUGCAUAUGCAGUUCAAUAAAAUAAAUGUAGGUAUGCAGUGGAUGACUACUGACUAAGUAGCAUGGCACUUCUUACAACAUCUUUGGCUAUUAAUUCAUCAUUUUUAAUUCUGUAAGAAGUCAUUUUAAAAAGACAUGCAGAGCCAAACUUAUCUUGUUAGUUUCUUGGAGAGCAUAUAGUUUUGUACUUGGAUAUUAAGACAAAGACAGUAACCUUACUUAAUAGCUGAAUGUAUCAGCGAGGUAACACAAC